GGCGGCGGAGCACACGCGGAAUCGGCGGAGCGAGUGCUGAGUCGGUGCCGCCGCCGGCUCCCCCCUCACCCGGGAGACGCUUCGGGGCGCGGAGCUUUGUGGGGCCGCCACAAAAUGGAGGCGAACGGCAGCGGCAGCAGCAGCGACUCAGCCCCCGACUGCUGGGACCAGGCGGACAUCGAGCCGGGCAGCGGCGCCGGCCCGGGCUGCGCCCCGCCGGCCGCGGAGGCCGAGGCGCAGCAGGAGCUGCUCGGGGCGGCCUUCAGCCGGCAGCUGAACGUCAACGCCAAGCCCUUCGUGCCCAACGUCCACGCCGCCGAGUUCGUGCCGUCCUUCCUGCGGGGCGGCCCCGCGCCCGGCCUGCCGCCGCCCUCGCCCCCGCCCGGCCUCCCGCCGCCGCCACACGGUGCACCUGUAGAGACUUCUCCAGAGGAGCAGACAGCCUCUUGUGAAGGUCCAAAUGCUGCUGUUAACAUGGAAAUUUCAGAAUCUGUUGUGGAAAAUGGAGAGACAGAAAUGUCCCCGGAAGAGUCGUGGGACCACAAAGAAGAAACAAGUGAAGCAGAGCUUGGCAGUGGCCCCACAGGGGACUCGGGGCCUUCUGAAGAAAGCGCUCAGGAAAUGAUGGAAGAGGAGGAGGAAAUACCAAAACCCAAAUCCGUUGUAGCACCUCCAGGUGCUCCCAAAAAAGAGCAUGUAAAUGUAGUAUUCAUUGGACACGUAGACGCUGGCAAGUCAACUAUUGGAGGACAAAUAAUGUAUUUGACGGGGAUGGUUGACAAAAGAACACUUGAAAAAUAUGAAAGAGAAGCUAAAGAAAAAAACAGAGAAACAUGGUACCUUUCAUGGGCCUUAGACACAAACCAAGAAGAACGAGACAAAGGUAAAACAGUAGAAGUGGGUCGUGCCUAUUUUGAAACGGAGAAGAAACACUUCACUAUUUUAGAUGCUCCUGGACAUAAGAGCUUUGUUCCAAAUAUGAUUGGUGGGGCUUCUCAAGCUGAUCUUGCUGUGCUGGUUAUUUCUGCAAGAAAAGGAGAGUUUGAAACUGGAUUUGAGAAAGGUGGACAAACAAGAGAACAUGCCAUGUUAGCAAAAACAGCAGGUGUAAAACAUUUAAUAGUUCUUAUUAAUAAAAUGGAUGACCCAACUGUAAACUGGAGUAACGAAAGAUAUGAGGAAUGUAAAGAGAAACUGGUGCCAUUUUUGAAGAAAGUUGGCUUCAAUCCCAAAAAGGAUAUUCAUUUCAUGCCCUGCUCAGGACUGACUGGAGCAAACCUUAAAGAACAGUCAGAAUUCUGUCCUUGGUAUAUUGGAUUACCUUUUAUUCCAUACCUGGAUAAUUUGCCAAACUUCAACCGUUCAGUUGAUGGACCAAUCAGGCUGCCAAUCGUGGAUAAAUACAAGGAUAUGGGCACUGUGGUCCUUGGGAAGCUGGAGUCGGGCUCUAUUUGCAAAGGACAACAGCUUGUGAUGAUGCCAAACAAGCACAAUGUGGAAGUUCUUGGAAUCCUUUCUGAUGAUGUAGAAACCGAUUCAGUAGCCCCAGGUGAAAAUCUAAAAAUCAGACUGAAGGGAAUUGAAGAGGAAGAGAUCCUUCCAGGAUUUAUUCUCUGUGAUCUCAACAACCUUUGUCAUUCUGGCCGCACGUUUGAUGCCCAGAUAGUGAUAAUUGAGCACAAAUCCAUUAUCUGCCCAGGUUAUAAUGCUGUGCUGCACAUCCACACCUGUAUUGAAGAAGUUGAGAUAACAGCCUUAAUCUGCUUGGUAGACAAAAAAACAGGAGAAAAAAGUAAGACACGGCCCCGUUUUGUGAAACAAGAUCAAGUUUGCAUUGCCCGUUUAAGGACAGCAGGAACGAUCUGCCUUGAGACAUUCAAAGAUUUCCCUCAGAUGGGUCGCUUUACCUUAAGGGAUGAGGGUAAGACCAUUGCAAUUGGAAAAGUUCUGAAACUGGUUCCAGAGAAGGACUAAGCAUUUUUCUCAAUGACCCCGCACAAAACUGUGAGGAAAAUCGACUCAGCAAAAGCCUACUUCACACCGCCUUCUUCUUUUCUGCCCAUUGAUAAACUUCUCCCCAUGUUUGCAAAGACAAAUUUCACAGCAAAGGUCCACAUUAUGUCAGCUUUCUCAUAUUGAGAGCUCUGCUAUGCCACUGUUGAAUUUUCCCCCCCAAAAAAAAAAAAAAAAAAAAAAAAGAAAUUUUUUUUUUUCUCCCAAAUUCUGCUUCCUUGGAAAGAUUCGGCAAUAGCUUUGUAAGUGAUGUGGACAUAAUUGCCUAUAAUUAUGAAAAUCUAAAGGAUUUUUAAUGUUUAAUUUUCCCCCUAGCAUAUAUAUUAAGACCUCUUUUUUCCAGGCAGAUCAUUCAGAGUGUGCGAGUGUGUGUGCACAUGUUACAAAGAUGACUACCAUGUUAAUAAACUAUUCAAUUUGAAAUCUUUUUCGGUAUUGGAAUUGCUUUUGAAUAAUGUUUUUUAUCUGGAUGUAACGCAGUUGCAUUAGCUUUUUAACUCUCCAGUAACCCAGAUAUUUGGUUACUUGGACUUUUCUAAACUCCUCAGCCUCCCCACACACACAGUUUUAAAUGAGGCAAUUGGGCACUCAGCCAAGUUUGUACUUAAAAACAAUUAGGUUUGCCCCUUCCUUUUGUUGAAUGUGUUCUGAAAAUCUAAAAAAAACAUUCAUGCAAAUGUGGCACCUUCAUUAGCUUGACAUUUGUUAAUAACUUCAAAUCUAGGUUGACUUAACAUCAUUACUAGACACAGUAAGUCAAUUUUGAAGGCUAGAACUACGUAUUGUGUCUUUAUAAAAUUCAGCGUUGUUAAAUUCUUAACUGCAGGAAAUGCUAACAACCAGUAAAUCAGUGAAAGUUGCAAAAAUAAGAGAAUCUGUGGCAAUAGUGCCUAUUAGUAUUUAUAAGAGCUGCAUUUUGUGGGAGAACUGGGCCAAUUAAAAAGUGCCAGUUAUAUAAAUUACUCAGUUCACCCUGUCUUUAAUUUAGAGGGCUGGAUAAUCCUUGCUGUUUUAAAGAUCAGCCUGAACUGAGACGGAGACAGACUAUUUAAAUCCCCAAGAAUUUGCACAUACCGAAAUAUGGGAGGGUCAGAAUCAAGCACAGUCUGUAAAUUUUUGCAUAUCAAAAGCAAUGUAAGCUGACGAGGACCAGUGAAGUUUUUCUUGAGAAAUUAAAGCAGAACUGGUUCAAAGUAAAGCUUACUCAGUACAACUUGAAGGAGCUGCAUAAUAAAACCCUGUUUAGCUGCACUUUGGAAGUGGACUGUCUGCAAUUGCUGUCCUGAUUCGAACAAUUAGGAUGAAGGCUAAGGGAUUUUUUUUCUUUCCCAGAGUAUUAGUAGUAAUUAUUAAAAGGUAUCUUCAGAGCUUCUUCAGACUGUCUUAAACUAAACAUUUGCAGUUGUACAAUUGUGGUGAGCCCAUCUUCUCUCCCAAAAGUUUACAGUCUAGUGACUGUAUCUGAAUUCACAGAUAACUCAAAAUUGAAACAGAUUUACCUAUUUUUGGGUUGGUUUUUUUUCUUCUUUUUUUUUUUCUUUUUUUUUUUUUGGUUUUGUUUUGUUUGUUUCUUUGUAACUGUGGAACUCCCAUUCAUUUCACUUACAGCUACAUUGUAUGGACAGAAGAAGUUAUUGUCCUCAGUUUCAUAUGACUACACUUGUAGCUACCAUAAUGCAUGGAAUUUAAAUAAAUUUUAUUAUGUCUGCAAA